GAUUUUUUGUACACUUCCUCCACCCAUCUCUCUCUAUCUUUCUCUCUCCUUUGCUUGCUUUUUCUUUAAUUUAUUCUUCCAAGAUCAAAUAGUUCCUUCUUUGAUCUCAUUGGAAUACCUAAUAGUUUCAUAAAACCCAAACAAGAACUGAGGUAUCAUUGAAGAGAAACCACAAGUUCAAAUGUCUAUCGAUUUAUCAUCUGAACGUGUUUGCUAUGUCCACUGCAACUUCUGCACCACGAUCUUAGCGGUAAGUGUACCAUACGCAAGUUUGUUCACACUUGUGACGGUGAGAUGUGGCCAUUGUACCAAUUUGCUCUCUCUCAAUAUUGGAGUUUCACUUCAUCAAAGCUCACCAGCUCCUCCCAUUCAUCAAGAUCUCCAGCAGCCUAAGCAACACAUGACCUCUUCGGCAACAAGGAAAGAAUGGGGAUCAUCUUCCAGGAGCUCUAACCAUUUUUCAACCACAUUGUCUGAAAAUGUUGAUCGGGAGGCUCCUAGAAUGCCUCCUAUUCGUCCCCCGGAGAAAAGACAACGCGUUCCUUCGGCCUACAACAGAUUCAUCAAAGAGGAAAUCCAAAGGAUCAAGGCUGGCAAUCCAGCGAUCAGCCACCGCGAGGCGUUUAGCACAGCUGCUAAAAAUUGGGCACAUUUUCCUCACAUUCACUUUGGAUUAAAGCUGGAUGGCAACAAGAAAGGCAAGCAAUUAGACCAGACUGUUGCAGGCCACAAGUCUAAUGGCUAUUACUAAAGCCUUUACAUAUAUAUUAUAAUGGCUAUUAUAUAUAUAUGUACGCUGAUGAUGGAAGAAGACCAUACAGAACCAUACAUAUAUAUAUAUGUAUACAUGUAUGUAUCAUGUCCCUUUCGUUUUCUUGUGUGGGAUCCAUCUAUAAUUUCGUUUCUAGCUUACAUUCCCCUAAUAAGUGAAGCCCAUAUGUGGAAUGGUAUUCACAUUUGAACCUAAUUAUUUAAGAAGAAUCUCCUUUACGAAGAUUGUAAUAUAAAUUUCAUCUUUUCUCGUUCUGAAAAGGUGUAGCUUUUUGUGUGGUCACGAAUUUAUAUAAUGAGUGGUUUUGUAGUACUACGAACCCACGAGCUUAAAGAUGUAUGCUCUUUUGGAUGUAUGUAAUUCGAUUGGUU